AUGGACAAAUACUAUAACGACGUCUUCCCUUUGUUAUUACAAGGCCUUGAACGUGUAUUGAAGGAAAACGAUGGUGGCGAUGGAUACUAUGUUGGAGAUAAGGCAGUGUUACAGUGUAUUAAAACCGCCUCCAGUGUGACACUCGCUGACUUGUCAUUUGCCGAUAUAUGCUACUGUAGGAUGAAGCUGCGACUUGAUGUUUGGAAAGAUUACCCCAAAUUAGAUUCAUUGAAGAAACGCGUUGAGAGUCGACCAAGAACUUCCGAGUGGAUGAAGAAGAGACCAAAAUCUAUCAAAUAA